GAUGUCAGCAGAGAGCAUUGAAAGAUAGAAAUUUGCUAAAUUUAAUGAAGAAUAAGUUCUUGAUAAUUAAGAUUAGUCAACAACAACUUAGUUUAAAUAAAGUAGUAAUGCUCUUUCUACAACUUCUGCUUUUACUGAAAACAAUUGUAAGAUCAAACCAAUUAAAACUUAAAGUAUUUUUAAAAUAUAUCAAAAAUAGGAAGUCUCUUGACUCUCACUCCAUAAAUCAGUUAAAGAAGAGGUUCUCAAUCAUUAGCAGAUUAGACUAUUAGAAAUGAAGAUAGUGUACAUAUAAUUUUCAAAUAUUAGCAUUUUGUUUAAAAUCAUUAUGAAAAAUAAUGUCGCUAUAUGAUUUAUUGGUAUGACUCAAAUAUUGAUCAUAAAUAUGAGAUUCCAAUCAAAACUAAUUGUAUUUAAAUAACAAUUGGAGAUCUAAUUUAGCUUGCAAUAGCUUAAUUUAAUGAAUAAAAUGAAUAUUUACAAACUCCAUUUUCAUCAGAUGUAAAUAAUUAAUAUUUAUAUGAAUUGUAUAUUCCAAAAAAGAAAAAAGGAACUCCUAAUGAAGAUUUUCCAUGUAAUUAUUUAUAUAAAUUUUUAGCCUUUGCCAAUUCAACUAUGCUAUCUUAAACAAAUCAAACAGAGUUUUCACUUAAAGUUACUUUAAAAUAAUCAAAAUAUUCAACAAGUCUUUCCAAUUCCAAACACUCUUCAGCAAUUAAGCAAAAUGAAAAAUAAGGAGUAGGUUCUAAAAAUUCUAGUUCAAAGAAGAAAAACCUAUUUCAGAAACUAUUUUUUUGUUGUAAUUAGACAGAAGAGUAUUGAAA